UGCAACUGUUGUUGUGUGGGGAGGAGAAGUCCAUGGCUGUGGAUGCAGAAGCUCAGUUCCAUGUCCUGGCUGUGGAUGACAGCCUCAUGGAUAGAAAACUCAUUGAGAGGCUCCUCAAGACAUCUUCCUUUCAAGUCACCACUGUGGAUUCUGGGAGCAAGGCUCUUGAAGUCUUGGGGUUGAAGGAAGACCAGACCAGCACACCAGCUCUCUCACCAGAACACAAUGAGAUUGAGGUGAAUCUGGUAAUAACAGAUUACUGCAUGCCUGGGAUGACAGGGUAUGACCUCCUCAAAAAGAUCAAGGAGUCAUCAUCUUUGAAGGACAUCCCAGUGGUGAUCAUGUCAUCUGAAAAUGUACCUUCCAGGAUAAACAGAUGCUUGGAAGAAGGAGCAGAAGAGUUCUUUCUGAAACCAGUACAGCUCUCAGACAUGAGAAGACUCAGGCCUCACAUACUAAAAGGGAAACAUAAAGAGCAGCAGCUUCACCAAGAAGAAAACAGCAACACCAACCACAUCAUCAUCAGUAGCAGCAAUAAUAACAACAUGAGCAACAAGAGAAAGGCCAUGGAUGAGGAAGUUUUAUCUGAGAGGACAAGACUAAGAUUCUCUAGCAGUAGCUUAAAUGUGAUAUGAAAAAAAAAAACUUCAUUACCUAGAGGAAGAUGCUUCUUAAUUCCUUAU